GUGAACGAGUUUUGAGUGAGUUGUGAGGAGGGAAUUCCGAAUGCUACAAAGCGCGGCGAUGAAAGCGAAGCAGCCGAAUCCACCAUUUUCUAUCUUCUCCAAUGCUCCUCUUCUCUCGAAUCUUCCAAUAAUAUCACAACUCUCAUAGUAGCACUAACAAAGCUUAAAAACCUCAUGUCUCCCACGUUCAAACCCUAGAUUUCCCAAGCAUCACACUCUCAAAAUGGUAGGACUGGACCUCCGCUUCACCAACUCUCAUUCACAAGAACAAUCUCAUAUUUCUCAUACUCCAAAUCCCAAUUUCAGUGCAUUUGUUAGCGGCGGCUUGUUUCUCGAGCCCACAGCUCCUUCUUCGUUCGUUAACUUAAUUUCUUCAUCCACAACUUCUUCAAUUAGUUUAUCAGUAUCGGGUUCGGCCUCUUAUUGUACCUGUGGUAAAACACCGAUUUUUUUAGGGAGAGAGAAGAGGGCUCGAGUUGGGUUUUUGACAGUGAGCUUGAAGAGUGAUGGGUUUGUUCGGGAAUCGAAGGUGUAUUUGGUGCAAAGCGGAGAGGAGGGGUCUGAUAAGGCGGCUUCGGCGACGGCGACGACAUGUGCUGAGCAAGGAAAUAAACACAAGGUUAGGUUGCGGAGUGGCUAUGCCAUGAACACUACUAAGCAUCUGUGGUCUGGUGCUAUAGCCGCUAUGGUCUCCAGAACCUUUGUUGCCCCACUUGAGAGACUGAAGCUGGAAUAUAUAGUUCGUGGUGAACAAAAGAAUCUGUUUGAACUUGUCAAGACUAUUGCAGUUUCUCAGGGUUUGAGAGGAUUUUGGAGGGGGAACCUUGUCAACAUUCUUCGUACAGCUCCAUUUAAGGCAGUUAAUUUUUGUGCUUAUGAUACAUACAGAAAACAGUUGCUCAAACUGUCUGGAAAUGAGGAAACUACAAAUUCUGAGAGGUUUAUUGCUGGUGCUGCUGCCGGAAUAACUGCUACUGUCCUCUGUUUACCACUUGAUACUAUCCGGACCACGAUGGUGGCAACUGGUGGGGAAGCAUUGGGUGGUGUUAUUAAUACUUUCAAUCAGAUGAUCCGAACUGAAGGAUUCUUUGCUCUUUACAAGGGUUUAGUACCCUCCAUUAUAAGUAUGGCACCCUCAGGUGCAGUUUUCUAUGGUGUGUAUGAUAUACUGAAAUCAGCGUAUCUGCAUUCACCAGAGGGAAGGAAGAGAAUACAGAAUAUGAAUCAGCAGGGGCAGGAACUGAAUGCUUUAGACCAGCUUGAGUUGGGACCAUUUAGGACAUUAUUAUAUGGGGCUGUUGCUGGUGCUUGUGCAGAAGCAGCAACAUAUCCAUUUGAAGUUGUGAGAAGACAGCUUCAAAUGCAAGUCCGGGCAACUAAAUUGGGUGCAUUGGCAACUUGUGUCAAGAUAGUUGAGCAAGGAGGAAUACCAGCUCUGUAUGCAGGACUUAUUCCGAGUUUGAUUCAGGUACUUCCUUCGGCUUCAAUAAGUUACUUUGUGUAUGAAUUCAUGAAGAUUGUCCUCAAAGUGGAAUGAACAGAAACGACAGAUCCCCUGGUAGAAUUAGUUGGGAGUUUAUACAAUGUCUUGAAGAUGAACACCAAAUAUAAUUUUAGAUUGGCAAGAAUUAUUGCUGCCAUUGAUGUUCACUUCAGUGAAGGCUAUAGAUUUUUUGGCUGUGUCCACACCACUCGGCCCCAUCUACUGAUGUUGUCUAUAUUUUUGAAUUGCAAGAUGAAAAAUAAAGAACUCCCUCAACACCUCA